CGGAAAUAUUUAGAACAUACUACUUCUAGCAGGAAGUAAGGGGAAAGUGUCAACACAACACAACUGAACUGAACUGAACUGUGAAGAUAGAAAUCAUGAUUUCAUUUCAGAUAAUAUAUGUUGUCAAAAUGUAAGAUCAUCUGUAAAGAUGGAAACUCCUUUCAGAAUCCCCAAGCUAAAACAGCCGUCAGACAGUAGCAUUCAUUCGCAGUCACCCUUGAGGCAUCUCAACGAUGACAAGCCGUGCAAGUCACCCUGGACAUCCUCAGGACAUGCCAGUAAAUGGAACCAGGACUCACGAGCACUGAAUGAAAACACUCACAAGCCAAAGAGUCAAAUAAGUGGAGGAGCAGACAGGUGGCGCCCUAAGCGAGCGUCUGACUCUCUGUGCCAUGAUGAUCAUCGGCCGUUUGUAGGUGAUUCUCCUCAGCCACAAAAAUUCCAUGGCAAUGGACUAUUAGGGAAGAGGAAGUCUCUGGAUUUUGAGGAGGAGGAGGAGUUCUCAUGGACCAAAUCUCCAGUGACGCAGAAACAGAAAUCUCAGAACGGAGACAAGAUGCCGAGAGAAGACAGUCGGAGAGGCCUUAACGGAAGCCCAGCUACAGAGAAUGUCUCGUUGCACAAGAAGAACGGCGAGGUCCAAGGGAAGCCACCACCUAUCCCUAAACUGCCUGGAAACAGCGCCCCCUGCCACUCAAAGCAGGGUACUGAUGCCCAGGUGGUGCCAGAGACACCAGAGAAGACCCCCUCAGAACGAGCCCUGCCCAGCUCAGUGAUGGGAGCGAUUUCCACUUUAUAUAAAGGGGACCAGGCAAAAAAGAAGGACCCAAUAAAAUGUCUCAGUAGGUCUCCACUCCGAAGCCCUCCCCAGAAUCCACAUUCAGAAGAAAUGAAGAAGCUAUUUAGGCCCCGCUGUCUCCGAACUUACUCCAGGAAACCUAAACCGGGCCCCAUAGAACCUAUUGUUCUCUCCAGUGAUGAUGAAAAAGCUGAUGAAGACAGCAAUGGCACCAGCCUAAGACAAAGCUCUCAGAACCAGGCUGAACAGAGUGCAGGAGGGAGUGCCUCGUCAGGACCACAGGAGGUGCCCUCCAUCAUGGAGCUGCCCUUCGCUGAGCUGCACAUGGGCAGCCUGAGGGCUCAGAGCAAUGGAGCCAUCAUGAUCACAGAGGAAGGCCUCGGCAUUCCACUAAAAGGUGGGAGCGGCGAGAAUGAGGUCUCGGUGACCGUGGUGGCCUCGGAGCUGCGGCGCUACGGGGUCUGGGACGGAGGUCUGGCGCAGGACGGCUCGCUGUUCCCCCGUUCAGGCGAGGCGGCACCUUCGCUGCUCUUUCUAACCGUGUCAGACCCCCAGGCCUGGCUCAUACACACAGAACUGAUGGAGAUCCAGAGCAUCCACAGGCCAGGUCAGGCCAGUCCGUUUCUGCUGCUGGUCCUCAGCGAGCAUAUGGAGGAUCUGCAGGCUGCUCUGCUGGCCUCCAUCAUGGACCUGAUAGGCCUCAGGAGCGGCCAGUCAGGCCUGGCCACCCCCCUGGCGUGGGUGGAGGGCCUGGAGCUACUGCACUGCCGGGGCCAGGAGGACCACCUCCUCGCCCUGCUGGGCCAGCAGCCAGACAGCCCCCCGGACGCGGAGCACGCCGAAGCGCAGAGAGACUCUAAGAAUGGAGAGCAGAGCCCAUCUGGGAGGGGUGCCAGUCAGUCCUCUCAGCCUAUGGCCAAAGCCUCCAGCUCAGCAUCCAAGACCUGGAAGACUCGGACUCAGUGCAGGAACCAGGCCCUGCCUCGCAGGUUAAUUCAGUACCCCCCACCACCAUCCAAGGGUGGAAUCACUGUGACUACAGAAGAUCUAGAGUGCCUAAAAAGUGGAGAGUUCCUCAACGAUGUUAUCAUUGACUUCUACCUCAAGUACCUUCUCCAGGAGAGGGCCGACCAGGAGAUGAGGGAGCGCUCGCAUGUCUUCAGCAGUUUCUUCUACAAGCAGCUCACCCGCAAAGACACAGCUAGCGAGGAGGCAACGGAAGGCUCAGCGGAGUACAGGAGACAUCAGAGAGUCCGAACAUGGACGAGACAUGUGGACAUCUUCAACAAGGACUACAUCUUUGUGCCAGUGAAUCAGGAGGCUCACUGGUACCUGGUGGUCAUCUGUUUCCCGGGCCUGGAGAAUCCCCAGGUUGUAAAGUGGGGAGGCCCAAUCCAGGAGGGGAGUACUGGGUUGAAGAAGAAAUGCGAGCCCCAGGCUUCCAGCCAAGGGCCCAGCGGACGACCCACAUCCUACCAGAGAUCACAAGGUUUGCCGGACUGUACACAGCAGACUUGCACAAAAGAAACCAUCUGUAGGAGGCCGUGUAUCCUGAUCAUGGAUUCCCUUAAGCUCUCCUUCCAUGAGCGUAUCUACAAGCUCUUAAGAGACUACCUGCAGGUGGAAUGGGAGGUGCGCAGAGGCGUCCCUCGCCGCUUCACGCCAGACAACAUGAUGGGCUCGCACUGCAGAGUGCCCCUGCAGGACAAUAGUAGUGACUGCGGCCUCUACCUGCUCCAGUAUGUUGAGGCUUUCCUGCAGAACCCAGUGGUGCACUUCGAGCUCCCGCUGCGGCUCGAGCGCUGGUUUUCACUGCAGCAGGUGCGGCGUAAACGCGAGGACAUCCGUGAGCUGGUGCUCCAGCUCUACCGGCAGCAGGGAGCGGCGAGGUGAGGAGAGGAGAGGAAAGGAGAAGAGAAGAGAAGAGAAGAGAGGAGAGGAGAGAGGGUCCAGGCUCCGGUCAGAGAAGACACCCUGCAUGCAGACUUGUCCUCUUCCAGUGGCCUUGCUCAGUUUGUUUUGAAGGUUUUAUUAAAUAUAUUUCUAUGUUUUUGUUUGUUUAGUUUUUUUCUGAUUGAUUUUUAUUUAAGUAAUAACGUUGAUCCGUUUUAAAAUUUGUACAAUGCAAUGCUGUAUACAUUAUUUAUAAAACUGUGAAUGCACAUACUUAGAUAAACUACUUGAAUAAGAUGUUUUAUAGUUUUUACAAUUGCUAUUAUGCCAUUUAAUGUGGAGACCAAGGGAAUAUUAAAAUGUUAUUUUCUUA